GUUACCAGCUGAUACCUGCCGAGGGAGAGAGAGAAAGAGAGUGCAUUAGCAAAGAUGCUUUGCAAACUCCCCUCCUCCCUGACAAGGGAUGAGAUGCACUCAAGCCAAUCGUUGGGCAUCUUCCAGGAGCUCAGUGGUGGACCUGGGGAGGGGUCAAGGGAGAUAUAAAAGCCAGUCAGAGAACCAGCUGGCUCACCUUGCCGCAGGGGAAAGGCUCAGGGGAUCCAGCUAGGAGUGGAGGCAAGGCAGCCACGCAGAAGAUGAACCCCAAAGUUAUGUACUCCCGCUGGGUCUUGCUGCUGCUGCUUUUUGCUCACCAACAAGGAAGAGCCAAGCCAGUGACCAAUGUCCAGAGCCUGUCUAAGUGGUUAGAGGAGGACCUUGAACAGCCAGCAGGGUCCGAGGAAACAGAGCAGGACCAAGAUGAGACCCUCCUAACCGGGGCAGCCUUGGAACAACAGGAUGCUUUGCUGCCAUGGGCCAGGAGACCCCAGGAAGGGGUGCCCCUCUCAGAAAGCAAUUUCCAGAGGCUCUUCAAUGACCUCCUGGGCUCCUCCCGGAGGUAUCGGGGAAGGAGCAAAAAGGGCCUUUCGAGAGGAUGCUUCGGGGUCAAGCUGGACCGAAUCGGGGCUCUGAGUGGGCUGGGGUGCUGAAAGGCAGACCAGCAGGUAAGACCCAUCGCCGGCAGGACCCAUCGCCUCCCAGAGAGAUAACCAACACCCCCAUUCAUCGCCAAGGCAUCCCCACCUUCAAGCAAAAACCUUCACACCUCCUGCAUCUGCCCAUCUCCCUAGUGCGAUUCGAUCUGUCCGGACUCAUUCCCCCACACACUCGAAGCUGCUUUCUUCCCCCGCAUACAAGUCAUGUUUAAACUGCUGCCUUCAUGACCAGAAGCAGUUAACUUUCUUCUUUAAGAGUUAGCCAGAUUCAGGGAAGAUGGGGGCAGCGCCCGUUAACUACGAUAACAAAACAGAGACUCCAAGGACAGGAGCAGUAUACCCUGAAUACCAAACCCUAGAGGGGAAACAACAGCUGAAGGGAGGCUAUAUGAGAAGCAUCCUGCUAGCAGGCCAAUCUAGUUCAGCAUCCUGUUCUCACAGUGGCCAAUCAGAUGCUUACAGGAGCAGGACAUGGAUGCAGUUUGGGAUUCCCACUUGUGAUUCUGACAGGGGAGGUAGAACACCUAACCAUCAUGGCUAUUAGCCAUUGAUACCCUUCUCCUGGGACGUGGGUGGUGCUGUGGGUUAAACCAUAGAGCCUAGCGCUUCCCGAUCGGAAGGUCGGCGGUUCGAAUCCCCGCAAGGGGGUGA